CCCACGUUCUGUGAGAAUGAACGCUGAGCUAUGUAGAGCCAAGUCAGUUCUAUUUGCGUAGCCCAACAUCACAAUUAACGUAAUUGUAAUUCGUAAUUAGAGUCCGAUAAACGUGUCCUCCGUCAUGAAUAGAAGUGAUAUUUUGCGAAACUUCCGAGUUUCUUUCUUCGCCAUGAGUCGUCUGUCCUCCUUUCCGUGGACCUUUCUGGAGAGAGAACUCGAAAACGACAAAGCAUCAGGAGUCAUUUCAGAUAUCCUCACUCAGACGUGUUUGCACCCUUUGUGUCAGAAGCACCCACCGUCAGUAAAGUACAGGAGACUGUUCCUCACACAGCUGAUCAACAGGCACGAAGCCUCAGAUUCGGAGCCUUUGGAUGAGUUGUACGAAGCUCUUGGGGAGGUGAUGGGAGCGGAGGAGGGAGCGGCGUGCUACAAGAGUUAUCUACUGCCUUGCGGAGAGACCGUCAGCUUGUCAGAGAACGUCGCCGUGAUCUCGGAGGGAACCACCGGUCUGGUCACAUGGGAGGCCGCGCUCUGCCUGGCAGAAUGGGCACUCCAUAACCAGCAGAACUUCACCGGCAGGACGGUAUUGGAGCUGGGAAGCGGCGUUGGGCUGACUGGGAUCACGGUCUGCCGCUCUUGCAAGCCCUCGAGAUACGUGUUCACCGACUGUCACCCCGGGGUCCUGCAGAAACUGAAGGCCAAUGUCCGGCUAAACGGGUUGUUGGACCACAGCGCUCCCUCGGUGUCUGUGGAGGAGCUGGACUGGGAGGCAGCGUCGGAGGAGCAGCUAAGAGAGAUUGGGGCGAACAUGGUCAUCGCUGCAGAUGUGGUGUAUGAUCCGGACAUUAUCGGUUGCCUGGUGAAGCUCCUGUCCAAAAUCCUGCGAUGUUCGUCUCCCGAUGUCCUCCCCGAGGUCCUCAUCGCCUCCACGAUACGAAACCCGGACACAUAUAACUGCUUUAAACGCCAGCUGGAAAAUGAAGGAAUCAGCCAUGACGUCCUCACAGGACCAGUCGGCCACGUCUUCCCUUACAACAGAAACUCCACCGUCGAGAUGGUUAAAUUGUACAUAUGAUGCCGUACAUCAGUUCUGCAGAAUAAAGCUUUUAUUUAAAAAAAAAAUAAUAGUGUGCACCUCAUCAGUCUCAUUUGCAUGUAAAGUGCUCCCUCGUAGGACACUGUGUUGGAAUGAAUGCUGCUGGAUUUUUGCUUAAAACACGGGACAACAGAAAGAGCAGCGAGUCAAGUCUCUCCUGUGAAAAUCAGUGACAUUCGUUUAUCUGACCUGUGUAUUAGUCCUGCGAUUCAAUUUCUUCCACAUUUGAAGGACUUAGGUAAACACAGUAAACAUUCCUUCUCACCAUGAGAGAAAUAUUAUUAUUAUUAUUAUUAUUAUCCCAGAACUACUAAGAUAUUCAGACAGCAGGCCAAAUGGUCCAUAGGAUGCCUGUUACGUCAGAGUGUUCUUCCUUAAAGCAGCUGAAAGAAAAGC